GGCUGCCACCCAAGACCCCCAUCAGCGCCCUCAGGGAUGCCUCUUCACCCUGGCUCCUUGGCCCGCCACGUUCCCCCCGUCCCCAGCCUGUGGGGGCUUCUCUGAGUCCCUGGCCCCAUGUCCAAGACCCCAUGGCAGGCACUGCAGCGGUGAGCCGGCGGCGGCCACAGCGGGUGAGCAUGCAGGAGCACAUGGCCAUCGACGUGAGCCCCGGCCCCAUCCGGCCCAUCCAUCUCAUUUCCGACUACUUCCCGCAUUUCUACCCCUUCGCUGAGCAUACCCUGCGCACUCCAGAGCCACACUCUGCAGUGACCCCCACACCCCAGCCAGAGCCCGACCCAGAGCCAGAGGGAGAUUCAGACGACAGCACUGCCCUGGGCACCCUCGAGUUCACGCUUCUUUUUGACGCGGACAACAGCGCCCUGCACUGCACGGCUCACCGUGCCAAGGGUCUCAAGCCACCGGCCUCAGGCUCUGUGGACACCUAUGUGAAGGCCAGUCUACUGCCAGGGGCCGGCAAGGCCAGCCAGCUGCGGACCCGUACGGUUCGGGGCACAAGGGGGCCUAUCUGGGAGGAGACACUCACCUACCAUGGCUUUACCCGCCAGGAUGCUGGGCGGAAGACUCUGCGGCUGUGUGUGUGUGAGGACCCACGGCUGCGGCGACGGCGGCGGGCGCCUCCUCUGGGGGAGCUGCGGGUGCCCCUGAGGAAGCUGGUGCCGAACCGAGCCAGGAGCUUCGACGUGUGUCUGGAGAAGCAGAAGCUGACCAAGAGGCCCAAGAGCCUGGACACAGCCCGUGGCAUGUCCCUGUAUGAGGAGGAGGAGGAGGCGGCAGCAGGGGAGGACCGGGGACGUAUCCUGCUGUCCCUGUGCUACAGCUCUCGGCGGGGCGGCCUGCUGGUGGGUGUGCUGCGCUGUGCCCACCUCGCCCCCAUGGAUGCCAACGGCUACUCGGACCCCUUUGUCCGCCUUUUCCUGCAUCCAAAUGUGGGGAAGAGAUCUAAAUACAAGACCAGUGUUCGGAAGAAGACCCUGAACCCCGAGUUCAAUGAGGAGUUCUUCUAUGCAGGCCCAAGGGAGGAGCUGGCCCAAAAGACACUGCUGGUGUCUGUAUGGGACUAUGACCUGGGCACAGCUGAUGACUUCAUUGGUGGGGUACAGCUGAGUAGUCAGGCUGGCGGGGAAUGCCAGUGGCACUGGUGUGAAUGCCUGGGCUGCAGCGAUCACCGACUGGAGCUGUGGCACCCGCUGGACAGCGCGUCCCUCCAGCUCAGCGACUAGAAGGGGUACCUGGCCUGGCCCUGCUCACCACCCUCCCUAAAACUGACCCGUAGGCUGGGAGGACCUAGAGCUGCCUCACCCACUAUACCGAGCCACACGUCAAAUUGUUUGUUUUCCUGCCCACCCUUCCCAGUUCAUCCCACUGCCAAUCAAAGCAAGAAUAAACCUGCAGACCAGA